AUGUCCGUUCUCAGAGACUAUUGUCCCACCUGUGAGAUGAUGAAUGAAUUGCACAACUCUCAUUCUCACGUAAUUCUUUCAUUCACAAUGUUUAUACCAUGUCUACCGCAACGUUCAAGGGCAUUAUCACAGCAUUUACCGAAAGAAUGUCUUGAUGGAAUUUUUAUUAAUUUUCAAGACGACAAAGAUACGUUAUUCAAUUGCUUGUUUGUCUGUCGACACUGGUGCUAUGCAGCAGUCGAAAUUCUAUGGCGACGACCAUUCUCUCCUCAUUUCCGACCAAAUCCUGUUGGAACCUGGGAACCUGAUUAUAUCAAGCAGUCUGAGAAAAGAUCAAGACUGAUAGAAGUUUAUAUUGCAUGUCUCGGGCUGACAGAGGAAUGGAGGUCAAUGAACUUGCAAAUAGAACAUUCAAAGAGUCUAUUCUUUAAUUAUGUUGCUCUCCUCAAGGAGUUUCAUUUGCAAGGGUUAUAUAAUUCUGUACGAGAUUGGGUAGAUUACCGUCAAUUUGCAAAGAUAAUGAGAGAUAAUGAGGCAUGCAAAGACAGACCUAAAAUCCGUUCUCUAAUGAAACGCUUAAUAGCUGGCGAGUCGUCGAAAAAGACUUUUCGAGUCCCGAGUGUCUGCACUGAUUUUUCUGUUGUAGAAAAAAUUGUGCCAUUUUUGUGUAGGAAAAUUCUGAAUCAUUCUCAAGCUCUUAGAGUCCUCUCUCUUGAUAUUGACAGAUUUAGCAGAUGCUUGGAACUUUAUGAAGAGGUCCAACAUCAUAUUCCCUUAGAAUCGCUGACAAAAAUAACAAGCUUUGAAUGGACUGUCAAUAGUCCCGCUGCAUCGACAUUCGCAAAGUUAGCCGAGACGACUCAGAAUCUGAAGACUGUAAAAAUAUGGCGAUUGACAACUUAUUGGUCCAAACAUGCCGGUAAGGUAAUGGUUGAUACCCCUCAGCUUGUCAGACUGAUCAGAUCGCAAAAGCGUAUCCUCCAUUUUGAACUGGGAUGGACUGUUAUUCCUUGGAACGAUGUGCUUGAAGCAUUAAAUCAUCAUUCUAAUACCUUGCAAACGAUAAGACUCAAAUCCGUAACAUUUCGUUGGUGGAGGAACGACUUUGCUCUCACAAGUUGCCCCAACCUUGAAAAGAUUUAUAUAACUUCUUGCGGUUUGUUGACUGAAGAGAAUUUCCGACCGCUUAUGACUGCAAUAUUUCCUAAAUUAAAGGAAAUGGUUUUCACUCAAACAAAUGUACCGUCUACGAUAAUAGAAGCGUUACUUAUUAACUGCGGUAGAACCCUACAGAGAUUGGACUUUGGGAGCUCUUUAAAUUUCGAAUUACUUUUGGUUAGGGCAAUGGCUGAAUGUCAUGAAAUUAGAGACUUCACUUGGUAUCCAUCUUGCCAUCAUAAUUUAUUUAUAGAAUUUCUUGGACAGCAGGGACAAUUAAAAACCAUUAGAAUAACCGACCGGGGGGCAUGGGAUUCAUCUCCAUUAUUAAAUCAUUGCACCCUGCGGAGGUUAAAUGUAUAUUAUAUUAAAUAA